AUCACUAAAUUAUAAAAUCUAGAGAAUUAAAUAUGCCAUUGAAUAACCAACCACCCCCGGGUGAAAAAAAAAAGUGACUGUUCGAUAAUCCCUGCAAGAAAAGAAAAGAAGCUUCUUUUAAUUCUAACAUCUUAUCUUUUCCUCUCUCUCUCUCUCUCUUUGGGGGAUUAUUUUUUUUUGAAUCGGAUCGCGAAGAUGAUAGAUAUCAGUCGAGUCCAGAAAGAGCUCCAAGAUUGCGAGAAAGACAGAGACUCGUCGGGCAUCCGGGUCUGCCCGAAAUCCGAUAACCUUACCCGACUCACCGGAACCAUCCCGGGUCCAAUCGGAACUCCUUACGAAGGCGGAACCUUUCAGAUCGAUAUCACCAUUCCAGAAGGGUAUCCCUUUGAGCCACCAAAGAUGCAAUUUUCAACCAAAGUUUGGCACCCGAACAUAAGUAGCCAAAGCGGGGCAAUAUGCUUGGACGUCUUGAAAGACCAGUGGAGUCCAGCUCUUACUUUGAAGACCGCUCUUGUUUCAGUCCAGGCAUUACUCUCUGCACCAGAGCCUAAAGACCCUCAAGAUGCUGUUGUAGCUGAACAGUACAUGAAGAACUAUCAAGUGUUUGUAUCAACAGCUCGUUACUGGACCCAAACAUUUGCCAAGAACUCUUCUCUUGAGGAAAAAGUGAAGAGACUCGUGGAGAUGGGUUUCGGAGAUGCUCAGGUUAGGAGUGCAAUUGAAUCAAGUGGUGGAGAUGAGAAUGUGGCGCUUGAAAAGCUCUGUUCUGGUUAAAAUCCAUCAAACCAGGCUUCAUUUGGCGCUAGAUAUGAUAUUAAUUUGGUCUAUAACUUUAUGUGUUGCGUUUCUGUUCUUGUCUGAUGAUUAAGAGUGAACUGCUUUUAAAAAAAAAAAAUACUAAAUGCAAUGCUUAUAUCCACAAAAAGAGAUCUUAUCUAGUA